UCCCCUCCCCGCACGGCGCAUGGUCGCGGCGGCAACGCGCUCCGCCGGCCUCCCCUUUGGCUGCCGCGCACUGUGGUCUCGCCCGCCCCCGCUGCCAUGUUGGAUCGUGCGGCCGCCGAAGCCGGGCCGGAGUUGGAAGUUUAGCGCUUCGCGGAGGGGCGGGCGCGAUCGGCCGCCGGCGCGGAGCGGCACCGCCGCGGCUGCCCCCCUCCCCGGCGCCCCCGCCGCGGGCCGCCGGCAGCUGGACGAGGCCCCGCCGCCCCUCCCCGCCUCCCUCCUUCCCCGGCCCCGAGAGGGAGGCUCCGCGAUGCGGCUGCUGUGAGGCCGCGGCGGCAGCGGAGGAGGAGGAGGAGGAGGAAGGGGCCGCGGGCGCCAACGGUCGCAGGGCGGCAAGGACAGCGCCGGGCCGGCCCCGGCCAUGAGCGGCAACCCGCAGCAGCAGCCCCCGCAGCCGCGGCGGGUCACCAACGUGGGCUCCCUGCUGCUCACCCCGCAGGAGAACGAGAGCCUCUUCAGCUUCCUCGGCAAAAAAUGCGUGACGAUGUCAUCAGCAGUUGUUCAAAUAUAUGCAGCAGAUCGCAAUGCCAUGUGGUCAAAGAAAUGCUGUGGUGUAGCUUGCCUUGUAAAGGACAAUCCGCAGAGGUCGUAUUUUAUCAGAAUAUUUGACAUUAAGGAUGGGAAAUUAUUGUGGGAGCAGGAGCUGUACAAUAACUUUGUAUAUAAUAGUCCUAGAGGAUAUUUUCAUACCUUUGCUGGAGAUACAUGUCAAGUUGGUCUUAAUUUUGCUAAUGAAGAAGAAGCUAAACUAUUCCGCAAAACAGUAACAGAUUUACUUGGACGACGGCAGAGAAAAUCUGAAAAAAGACGAGACCCACCAAAUGGCCCAAAUCUACCAAUGGCAACUGUUGAUAUCAAAAACCCAGAAAUAACAACUAAUAGAUUUUAUACUCCACAAGUCAACAAUAUUUCAUAUACCAAAGAAAAGAAGAAAGGAAAAACUAAAAAGAGAAGAUUGACAAAAGCAGAUAUUGGAACGCCAUCUAAUUUCCAGCACAUUGGGCAUGUUGGUUGGGAUCCAAACACAGGUUUUGAUGUGAACAACUUAGACCCAGAACUGAAAAACCUGUUUGAUCUGUGUGGAAUUUCAGAAGCUCAACUAAAAGACAAAGAAACUUCAAAGGCCAUAUAUGAUUUCAUUGAAAAAACAGGAGGUGUGGAAGCCGUUAAAAAUGAACUGCGCAGGCAAGCUCCACCUCCACCACCACCGUGCAGAGGAGGACCCCCUCCACCUCCACCACCACCUCCCCAUAGCUCGGGCCCUCCUCCUCCCCCUGCUAGGGGCCGAGGGGCACCACCUCCUCCUCCUUCAAGAGCUCCCACAGCAGCACCUCCACCCCCACCUCCAUCUAGACCUGGUGCAACAGUGCCCCCACCUCCUCCAAACAGGAUGUAUCCUCCACCACCACCAGUGCAUUCAUCAUCUGCACCAUCUGGCCCUCCUCCACCACCGCCACCACCCACGAGUGGGUCAUCUGUUCCUCCACCACCUCCUCCUCCUCCUCCCCCUCCAGGUCCUCCUCCACCACCAGGCCUUCCUUCAGAGGUUGAUCACCAGCUUCCGGUUCCUGCAGGGAACAAAGCAGCACUCUUGGAUCAAAUCAGAGAAGGAGCUCAGUUAAAGAAAGUGGAACAGAACAGUCGACCAGUGUCCUGCUCAGGAAGGGAUGCACUGUUAGACCAGAUACGACAGGGUAUACAGCUGAAAUCCGUAUCUGAUGGUCAGGAGAGUGCACCACCUACACCUGCACCCACCUCAGGAAUUGUGGGUGCAUUAAUGGAAGUUAUGCAGAAAAGGAGCAAAGCCAUUCAUUCUUCAGAUGAAGAUGAGGAUGAAGAUGAUGAAGAAGACUUUGAGGAUGAUGACGAAUGGGAUGAUUGAUCAUAUAUUAUUAUAUAUAUAUAUUUUUUAAGGUGAAUGAUAUACUAAACACUACUUUCUGUCUAUGGAUUCUGUAAAAUUAUCAUGUAAAUGUUCUACCAAUUUGCUGUAUAUUUUUGUUGCCUUUUGCUUUUUUAUUAAUCUGUGCAAUACCUCAUUUAAUCUGUAAAGGUUUGUCAUAAUCCUCUACAAAGCUACUCCCUGUUAAUGUGUGCAAGUUUACACCUGGAUGAUCAUGUACAUGUGAAUACUUUCCAUUCCAUCAAUAAGGGAGUUUAAAUGUAAUAUGUGAGACUGACAAAAACCUUAAUGUAAUUUAGCUAUAAUGCAAGAAGGAAAACACUAUUUUCAUACCCUACUUUUUCUGUAUCUAAAUUUUCUUAUUAAAACCUAGUAUAGCACUAUGUUUCUUUAAGUGAUGCAGCUCUUAGUUUAUUUAGCCCCUUCAUUUCAAAUGCAGUGCUACAUGAAUGUUGAGGCUGGUUUAUACUAUUGCAUGGUUUCAAAUACAUCACAACAUUGCAGUUCAAAUCUUAGCAGUAUGCUUUAUAUAAAACAAAAUCACUGCAGAAAUGCACAGCUAGUUGUGAAGAUUACCUUGCCCUAACUGUAGCAAUACUGACUGCUAUUGAACAGCAGUAGUAAUGAAACCCUUCAAUUAGGGACCUCUCUAUCUGAAGUUAAACAGGGUGGCUUUACAUUGUAAUAGUGGUAAAGGCAACUUUGAUGCAGACAAGUUCAGUCUUUUUUUUUUUUUUUUUGUCUUUCCCAGUUCUUACUUUCAGAAUGAAAAAGUGAAAAUUACUGGGGGUUAUACUGGAGGCUGGCAAUUGCUACAGUUUGGUUUAUUCUUAAAAUCAAUUUUAUGUGGUUUUCAGGCUGAAGGGCUGCAUUUAAUGCUUGCUUCAAUAAUGUUUAAUUACUUUUUAAAAUUUGUAGGACAUUGGUGUACUAAUAAAGUAAACAUAAGUGGUAUUUCUUUGCAGUCUUUGCGUUAUGGUACACAACAAAUGCUGAAGCACCAAUCCUACAUUUGUGAAGUUGGAAAACCAUUAACUCAGAUAUACACUUUGAAUAAGUACUGAACUUUGUGGCAAUAUUCUAUUGUUGGCUUUAAGACCAAGGGUUGUGAUGAAGAUCAAGAACCCAAUUCACAAGAUAGUAGUUGAAUAAGUGGACAGAAAAUGGGAUUCUUAUUUCACAGCUUGCACAUUUAUAUAAGUUGUGCUUUGUAGUGCAGUAAACAUUGGCAUAUCUGCCUAUUACAAAACACUAAUCUAUGCUAUGUGGGUAUUUAAUAUCUGCAGCAUUAAUUACUGUACUUACUGUAACUUUCAGGUAGAAAAUCUUUUUAAAAACCACAUUAUCUGACACAGAAUGUUUAGUUAAGUCAGUCAUAUUUGGCAUGUAGUUAAUGCAUAGUGUCCUGGCUCUUUGACUGUAGUCAAGCUAUCAAACUAAAUUUAAGUUAUCAGAGUUGUAUUGACUGAAACCCGGUGUUGACCUGAUCUUGACAGGCUGGACCUGCAUGAUACGGCUUGGAUUUCUAACCCAGUUAUAACCUAGUCUUUAGCGAAUUAAUUUAGUCACAUGAGAAGAAAGGAAAGUUGCUGAAAAGUAGUGGGAGGUAAGGUUGUAGUUAAAUUAUUCAGAGGAUGUUAACUCCCUUCCAAGAGUAAUUUAAGCACAUAACUUGAGGAAAAAAAUUUCCCAGUGGUCUUACCUUCCUGCAGUAACUUUUGCGUUGCCCUCUGCUGCUAGAAACACUUCUUUCUAGCUUUGCUGCUGUAAUGGCUUGAGCAUUGAAUCAAGUGCAAGUGCAGCCUGGGGUAGCUAAUGGCAGUGGAGUUGAGAACUCCUCUAUAAGGAAAAUAUUUAUAUGGCUUUCAUAUAACUUCUGGCAUUGCUCCUUUAUUUUUUAUUGCAUAUAGGGCAUUUUAAAAUUAAGCAGAUGAGGCCUAGAGGUGUUCCUAACAUGCUACUUACUAGAUAUGUUUAGCUGUUAUGUUCCCACAAUUGGAAUUUCUGUAAUAUAGUUAAUAAUUAAGCAUCACAGUUCAUUAAUCAAAUUUCUGUUCCAGGUUUUGGGAGCUCUGAAGUUACCGUAUUGAAUAAAACAUUGAUUUGUAGAUAAUGGCCAAAGAAAGCUUUUGGGUUUUCUAUUUCUUCGUACAAAAAGUACACUCACAUUCUGUGGUGUCCAGGUUAAUAUUUACUUUAAAGUAGUGUUUGUACAUGAUAAAUUUCAGGCAUAAAGACUGCAAUGGCAGUUAAGUUAGUCAUAACUGCAUGCUUCAGCACUCCACCACUUGCACUAUGAGCAGAAGAUAACAUUUCAUGAUACUGGUGCAUUGUUGCUAAACAUUGUAAUGAAGGCCUCUCUUACAUAUUCUGGUUAAAUGACUGUCCAGAUAGCCUUAGCAAUUAACAAACUAGCAUGAGGCUUUUGUAUCUCAACACUCUAUGUGCAUAGACAAUAUCAGCUAGCCACUUGUACGUAUGAAAUCCGUAAGAACUUCUCAAUCAUUCAGUUUUCCAUUUAUCGAACUGAAAUUUUUAGUAUGUGAAUUUUUGAAAUGUACAGUCAAUAGGAUGUUGCACUGGUGGCAAUUCAUCAUGGAGCAUAAUAAAAUUAAUUUGACCCAA